UGACUCCCAAAAAAUAUAUUUGAUAAUCGGAAUAGCCAUCAAAAGGGGGAGUUUAAAUGUGGCGCUCGACCAAUCAGCGCGCGCCUUUCCAGAGUCUUCCCGGCCCGCCGCCUCGAAGCCUUGACGGGAAUCUGGUCCGUACAGCUCAUCCGUAACCAAGCCCAAACCACCUCCACUAUGGCAGCAGAACAGGAUAUGCCCACCUUCAAAUUGGUGUUGGUUGGUGAUGGUGGUACUGGUAAAACUACCUUUGUCAAGCGUCAUUUGACAGGAGAGUUUGAGAAGAAAUAUGUAGCCACCCUUGGUGUGGAGGUCCAUCCUCUUGUUUUCCAUACAAAUAGAGGACCCAUCAAAUUCAAUGUCUGGGACACUGCUGGCCAAGAGAAGUUGGGAGGUCUUCGUGAUGGUUACUACAUCCAGGCCCACUGUGCCAUUAUUAUGUUUGAUGUUACAUCUAGAGUCACGUACAAGAAUGUUCCCAACUGGCACAGAGAUCUUGUAAGAGUAUGUGAAAAUAUCCCUAUUGUACUCUGUGGAAAUAAGGUUGAUGUGAAGGACCGCAAAGUUAAGGCAAAAUCCAUCAUCUUCCACAGGAAGAAGAAUCUUCAAUACUAUGACAUCUCAGCCAAGUCAAAUUACAACUUUGAGAAGCCCUUCCUGUGGCUGGCUCGUAAGCUGAUUGGUGACCCCAACCUGGAAUUUGUUGCCAUGCCUGCCUUGCUCCCACCCGAGGUGCAGAUGGACCCACAAUGGCAACGACAGAUCGAGAACGACCUCCAGGAAGCCUCCCAGACCGCCCUCCCAGAGGAUGAUGAAGACUUGUAAAUCUAGAGUGAUAAUGAUAGUCAAAUACAGACUAAAACUAUAUUUGUUGAUUGGUUGCAUAUAUUCGUAAUUAUUGUUG